AUGGAUAAAUGGAGGAAUAUCCAAUUGUCGAAGGAGGAGGAAGAAGGGAUUACAACGAAAAUCGAAGAGGUUUGCAAAGUAGAAGUGUUCCAACGUACUUUUGCGGGGAAAUUAUGGACCAACGACAAUUUUAACUCAAGAGCGUUCACAAACACAAUGAUAGGAGCUUGGAGAUCAAAGAAUCCAAUUGAGGUUCAGGAAGUGAGUAAAAACCUCUUCCUCUUUCGGUUUGCAACGAAGAGAAAUCUAGAAGGUGUUCUAAAUAAUGGUCCAUGGAGCUUUGACAGAAACCUCAUUGUCAUUAGCCGAGUUUCAGGGGAGGAACAACCUUUUGAGUUAAAGAUGCACUUUGGUACUUUUUGGGUUCGAGUUUAUGAACUUCCCCUUAUGCUUCGUUCAUAG